AAACUCAUGCCCUAGCCGAGUGUCCGAUCACUCAUCAUGUCGAGCAGCUCACGUACAAUCAAUCGCAACCGGAGCGGAAAUUCUAUCUCAAGUGUCUAAAGGGCAACUGGGAAUCUCAACCACGGGAGAGGCUCCAGUGCAGCAGUAUGUCGCAUCAAGACGCGUAAUUUGUUUUUAUGACGUUGUCGUUGUCCAAUUUAGAAAUAGUGUGUCCUCAUUUAAAGAUCGACCGUUCUCUUUUUAACUUCAAUACUCUUCAAAGAGGCAACGCGACGUUUUGGGGUGUUGGAUGUAAAAUUGAACUCGAAUGUCGAAAUGAGAAUAUGAACGCAGGAGAGAAUAGAACGGUUAUAAUGGAAUGCAGACCAAACGGAAAAUGGAGCGAAGACCCGUCAUCAAUCAAAUGUCACGACCAUUCUCGAGUGUCGGUUAAGAAAGAAUUGUCCUACAGUAACAACUGUGGAUCGUUGAAACACUUUUUCAAACUUGGUUUCCGCACUAUAAAAUUGGUGAACAACUCGCAUGCGUUUAUGAAGUGCUCGAAAAGUCGGCACAUUGUGCCACAUGAGCUUAGCGGCAAUCUCAAACAGAUAUCGCAAACAACGUACAUCAAGUGUGAAGAGGAGUCCGGAAAUUGGGUAUCGGCCAUUGAAGGCAAAACUCUGGGUGAUCUCCAGUGCAGCAAAACGAUGUGCAAUGAUUCAAAUCUGAUUCAGACGGAGGUCGAAGGCACGAGAGUAUGUGACAACGUCGAGACAAAUGCGGUCGGUGACUGCAUACGGUACCGCUGCAAAAAUGAAGAGUACCACGUGCACGGUACCGACAGCGGUACCGCCACAAUACGUUGCCUUCCGGACGGUCAGUGGAGCCAGAAUCCUGCACUCUUCCGAUGCGUACGAACUGUUCGGUGUAAUUCUUCUGGUCUCGUUGGUCCUCAACUGAUCAACAAUCCGUCGUUUUCAAAUGCAAAGAGACGGUGCGGUCUUAGAUAUUGUGAGAACUAUGUUUGCAAAAAGAAUGAUCAUUACGUCAAUGGACGGAACAACGUCACCAUCCACUGUCUCGCAAACGGAGCGUGGAGUCAAGACCCAAACCGAUUGCACUGUCGCGGUAACUUAAUAAUACUUUGUAAUUGA